AUGGCACAGUGCCAAGACUAUAAUAUUGAUCAAUCAAAAUCCACCAUACAUGGAGGAAGAGUUCUACAGAGGAGUAUUUCUCAGAGUCAUCAUCCUCUUAAUGAACCUGACGCCAAAAAUAUACUCAGUUUAUGUGAUGAUAUGAAGCUACCUAUUACACUACAUAACUAUAAAGCAAAGUUCACUGCCUUGCUCUAUUAUGAAGAACAGGAACACAUUGAACUAUUAAAGAAGAAAUGUAAUGGUAGUUUUGUCCUACAAAAAUGUAAACCACCUGUCUUAAAAGGUGAUGAAAAGAGUUACCCCCCUCAUUUCUAUUGUCUACAAGGAAUGUCAUCAGCACAGAUCAUGUAUGCUACUCGAGCCAGCGAUCGGCACGUUACUGUUAGUAUUGGUCAACAUAGCUAUGUAGCAAAAAUUCUCAGUUGUAAUUAUUCACAUAUUGAUAAUAAGCUAUACAUUUGUUUCAAAGACAGCAUUGGUGUCCAGUCUUGUUUGAUAGUAAAUACAACAUUUAAUGUUAAUCACCAUUACUUUGAUGGCCUCAAUGAUUGCAUUAAGAGGAUUAGCUCAAAAGUAUUACGUCGUCUUAUACCUACACCAGAUGAUUUCAAAAGUGCUCCAAGAGAUAUUGCCAUUGACAUUAGAAGGAAACUAUGUAGAGGGAUUGAUCUUGAUCCUGAGCAGAUUCAAGCAUUAGAAGCAAUACUCAGUAACCAGUGUUCAGCUCCUGUACUUGUACCUGGUGCUUUUGGCUGUGGCAAGACUCGUCUUCUUGCUGUGGCUACAGAAUGUUUCUUCAGAGAGCAUCGUGAGACUGGUCACCGUUCACCUUGUCGUGUUUUAAUUUGUUGUCAUCAUCAACAUUCUGCUGAUUUUUUUAUGGAAAAUUAUUUUAGCAAAACCCUGUCACACUUUUGGCCAGUAAAAGUUCUUUGUGUUAUGAACUCGCAGUAUCACAUUGAUUUUUCAAAUGUUAUUGAAGCAACUGAUUUUGAUAUAUCACUAUACAGACGUGAAACUGCCUUUCUAUUGGUCACAACCUUUAGAGGAGCACUAACGAUAUCUAGAAAGAAGGUCGAUCCUGAUUUCUUUACUCAUAUUCUAAUUGAUGAGGGAGCUCAAACUUGCGAACCUGAAGCUCUUAGUCCAUUACUAAUGGCAAAUAAAAAUACUCGUAUUGUUAUUGCUGGAAACCAUCAACAGGUUGGUCCUCAACUUCUUGUUCUUGGUAAAGCUCCUCAGCAGUUUGGUUUAUGUGUGUCACUGUUGCAACGAUUACUAGAGAAGUAUAAAUCUAUUGGAGACAUUACCAAGAAAAACACUCCAUCAUGGAAUAUUAAUUAUCGCUCACAAGCUGACCUUUUGGAGUUACCUUCUAAGUUGUUUUAUAACUCAGAGCUGAGAGCUUGUGGUACAGUAUCAUGCCACCCGAAAGCUCCUUAUCCUUAUGUUUUCAUAUGUUCCAGUUUUACUAAUGAUAUUCCAGUUGAUGCUCAGUGUGCUUUAGAGGCUGAUAGACUCCUUCAAGCAGUGCAGCUAUACAGUGACAAGUUCAAAAGCUGGGAACUGAAAGACACUUGCAUUAUGACUCCAAAUUUGAAGCAGGCAAACCUUAUUAAAGAAUUGAUAAGGACUAAAUUCAAAAAUUUAGAAGGCGUCAAUGUUAUCACAACUUAUGAGAUGAAAGGGCAAGAAUACUGUAUGCUUUUCAUGAGUACUGUUGAAAGUUUAGAGCCCAAUGGUCGACCAUUUGAUCCUUUGAAGAGUUUUUGUAAUCCAGCACUAUUUAAUAGAGCAAUCACACGCUCUAAAAGUCUUGUAGUAGCUGUAGGUAAUCCUCUUAUACUACUAUUGUCUGAAGCUACUAUGGAUAAUCUUAAAUGGUGCUGGAGAGAGUUCAUUUCAAGAUGCCUUCGAAAUGAAACAUUCAAAAGUACUCCUUCUGACCGUGCCCAGUUUGAACAAGUAAAAAUACAAUUUUUUGACAUGCUUAAGUGUGAUAAUACAGCUGAUGUAAUGAAAUUGUUUCAAAAGAAUAGCUAUUCACAAAAUCAUUUCACAAAGCCUUCUCCACUAUCUCAAGCUCCUGCACUCACUACUCCUUCUAAAAUGCACUCGGCUCAACAGUCCAGUGAGCCGUCAUUAGUUACUCUACCUUCAGUAUCAUGUCAUUCAGCUCAAGAUAGGAAGCAACCAUAUUCUCAAGUCAAUCAAGACUUACCUUUUCUAAAUGAAGCACUUUCACAGCCACAGCUAGAUGUACUACCUUCUCCUCAAGAAAAAGAAAAGCAACUUACUUCUUCACCACAUCAAACAAAAAUAUAUCAAUCUCCUACAAAACAACAGCCUCAUGUGUUUUCACAGCAUCCAGUUAAGCAGCAGCAUUGCCCAGCAAAUGAACAAGAGCAGCAUUUUAAAAUAGAACAGCAGUAUGCUUAUGCAGACAAGCAGGAGAAAUCUAAUCAGCAAAAAAUUGCACAAGAAAAGAAAGGACACAUAACUGAUUCUCUGCCUCCAUCAAAGCAAGCUGGUACAGAUAAUCCAUCAACUCCUCCAAAAUUAUCAUCUUCAAUAAAGCUAAAAGGAAGUAAUGCAGCUCUUAUUCCACUAAAAUCUAACAUAUUACCUUCAAAAUCUUCACAUACAGAUACAGUGUUUACAAAAAAAUCAGCAUCUCAAAAUAAAGUUCCUAUUUCUCAAGCACUCAAGAAAUCUGUUUCAAUGCAAUCCUUCAAAGACCAUGACCACUGCCCUAUUAAUGAAGAGCUACUAGCUGCUACAUUAACUCCAAGCAACUAUAAGGAGAAGUUUCACCAGUUAUUGUGUCGGGAAGAAGAUGAACAUGAGAGGUUUCUUAGAGACAGGUGCGAUGGUUUUUAUGAUUUAAAGUUGUCAAGUGUUAACUUGUGUAUGAUUAAGCACAUUGAGAAGUAUCAAGAAAAGUAUAAAUUAUUUUGUACAAUAUCAAACACUCAACUUGAUGCUGAUGCAAUAGCUUAUGCUAUGCAGGCAAGUGAAAGUAUAGUUGUUCUACAUUUGUCUACUGGAGAUAUGCAAGCAAAUAUUCUCGAGGCAAAAAACAAAAGUAGCCUUUAUUUUCUAUUGGGGCUCACAACAUAUCCUGGAGUUAAACUAGAACCAAAUGUCAGUGUGACCUUCAUUUUAAAAUACUCUUAUUUUGAUCGUCUUCAUCGAGCCUUAGAUAGUUUGCCUCUAGCUGUACUUAAUCGUUUAAUGCCUAGUAACCCUUGUCAUUUUAGUAAUGUGGUGUUGAAUAAUGAAGAUAUUCCUCUUCCUAUUAAAUGUGUUCGUGACAUAGUCAAAUUAGAAUAUUCACAGAGGAUGGCACUUAAGUCUAUAAUGAGCUGUGAAGCUAACAAAGCACCUGUUUUAAUCGUAGGCUCAUUUGGAACUGGUAAAACUCAGUUGAUCGCUCGUGCUGCAUAUGAAAUAUUACAACAAGAUCGAACAAGCAAGGUUCUAAUCUGUGCUCAUCAUCAGCACUCUGCAGACACCUUUAUGGCUAAUUACUUUUCAGAGAUGAUUGAUUCUGGUUGGUACUGUGGUAAAGUUGUUCGUCUGAUGGCAAAUAGAGAUUAUUGUGCUCCUUCAAAUUGUGUAAAGUAUUAUGCUACUAUUCAGGAUUGGCAAUUCAAAAAGCUGAACCAAAUCAGCAUAAUUGUCACAACAUUUUCUACAUCACUUCAUAUGCUUGGAGUUGUCCCUAAAGAUUUUUUCACCCACAUUUUGUUAGAUGAAGGUGCUCAAACUCGAGAACCAGAAUCUAUUGCUCCUCUUUGUUUAGCUGAUGAUAAUACACAAAUUGUAAUUGCAGGAGACCACAAACAAGUUGGUCCCUCUUUGUUAGUGCUUGGUGAACUAGCUAUUAAAAAUGGUCUGAGUCUGUCAUUGCUGGAAAGACUGCAUAUUCUUUAUAAUGAUGAGAGGCUAACUGAUGCUUCAUCAGUACAUUCUGCUACUCUUCUCACUAAUUUUAGAUGUCAUCAUGCUAUACUGUCUCUUCCAUCGUAUUUAUUUUAUGAUUCUGUAUUGAUUACCGCUGCUGAAGCUGUCACUCAUCUUCAUCCUGAGGCAAAAUACCCUCUUCAUUUUAUAUGCUCUGAUCUUAGUGUAGCAAAAGAAAUAUCUACUAAUGAUAAUGAGAUUGAAGUCACAAUAUUGCUACAAGAAAUAAGUAAUUAUGUUGAGAGCUGGCCAGAUCAAUGGGGUGAAAUGGAUCUCUCUAAAAUUUGUGUUAUGACAGUAACAGCUCACCAAAAAAUUAGAGUUAUUCAAAAGCUGUCUCAUCACUAUCUAGAUAUUGAUGUUCGAACUGUUUUUGAUAUUCAAGGUUGUGAGUAUGAGGCAAUUUUUCUUAGUACAGCAGAGCCUACUACAAAAGAAGGCAAAUCUAAAAAUCCAACCAAGACACCUUGCAGUCAAUAUGUAUUCAAUACUGCAUUAACACGUGCUAAAUCGCUUGUAGUAUGUGCUGGUAAUCCGUUUCUAUUGAUGACAAUAGAAGAAAGCAUGGGUAAUGAAUGCUCUUGUUGGAAAGAGUACAUUAGAAGGUGUAUACUUUCUAAAACCUUUGUAGUACCUUCUCAACUUCAAGAUGAAGCAAGUCAGAGUGUAGUUCAUGAUCGAAUAAAAAUGUUGCAAAAGAUGGUUUUUAAGUUGUCACCUGUUAUAGCUACAAAUUUUACUAAAGAUAGCAUAUUAAAAUCGUUUCAACUAACAUUAAAAUCCAUACCACAAUACAAAAGAAGUGAGCUACUGAAAUUUUCGUACUCAAAUUGUGAUAUUUUGGACUUUGAUGAUAGUGAAGAGAGUCAAUUUAAGAAAGAAGGUGAAAUAGAAGGUGUUUUUGAUUGUGAAUUACAAAUAAAAAGCUAUCGCUCAGCUAUUGCAAUUCCACUUGAUCAAUCGAAGGAGCCCAUAGUUAUUAAUGGAUUGAAUAAUAGAAGAGGAGCUUUUAACAAUGAUAUAGUGCAAGUGGAAGUUACUGUAUUCAAUUCUCAUUCUGCAUCUGGUGAUGAUAAAGCAUUGGUUCAAAGGUCUGGUAGGGUGGUAAAAGUCAUUAAAGCACAGCAUCCAACUAGGUAUGUAUGCCGUGCUGACCAAUAUGGCUUCAUUAACUUUUACCCCUUUAAUAAAACUGUUCCAAUAAUAGCUAACCUUCCUAAAAUAUCUCGCAAGCUUCUUCGAUAUCGUCCAAAGGAUGACCAGGCCCCUAUGAUUCAUGAUUACAUUACAGUGUUUAGGGAGGACUCAAUAUUUGGUGCUAAUUAUGAUAUCCCUCGUAUUAAGGAGCUCAUACCAUUUGAACUGUCACAGAAUUUCUUGUUUGUUGUCGAAGUCCUUCAAUGGAAGAAAAAGCACCGAACAGCAUUAGGAGCUGUCAUUGAAGCUGUUCCACGUACAUCAAACAUUUUUUUUACUAAUCACUUGCUUAACCUUGUUUAUAACAUCCAAGAAAAAGAUGAAGAAGUACAUGCACCACUUCUACCUCCAAAUGAAACUAAUGGGCUUCAUCAUUAUAAUAGAGCAUUUACCAUUGAUCCUCCUUUAUCUAAAGAUUUGGAUGAUGCAGUCAGUUUGACACCUCUUCCUGAAGAUGGUAAUUAUGAGCUGGCAGUUCUUAUAGCUAAUGUUGCCAAACGUAUAAAUGAAAACCAUCCUUUAGACAAGAAAGCUAAACAGAGGGGGACAUCUGUAUACGGUGCUAAACAGAGAGGUGCUCAACGAGUGCAUCACAUGUUUCCAUCCAGUAUCACGUCUCAAUUGAGCCUUGACUAUUUGAAAAAACGGCAUGUUUUAUGUGUACCUGCUACAGUAGUCAUAGAAGAAGGAGUGGUAACUAGUGUAGUGUCUGGUGAUCCAAAGGAAGCAAUGGUCACUUCUCAAAUACAAUUCACUUAUGAAUCUGCUAAAAAGGUAAUGCAUAAUGAAGAGGUUGAUGUUGAGACAAGAAGGCAAGUUGAAGCUUUUGAUGCUGUCAGCAGACCAAGCUUACUAAUGGCUAAUACUCUUAAUCUACUGUAUGAGAUAGCUAUGUACUUACGCAUUAAGAGGUUAGGUGAUGCUGGUUAUUGUUAUGACCGACCUGAGGAAGAUGAAGAGAGUAACUGGCAGACUCAUCUACUUAUUGAAGAACUAAUGAUAUUUUGUAAUGCAGUGAUAGCUGAAUAUCUUCACGAUAGGCUUCCACAGCAAAGUGCCUUAUUUUUGGCACAGCUACCUAUUUUGAAAGAAGAGAAGCAUGACUUUGUUAAGCAGAAUCAAAAAUGCUUACAACACUCUCUGUCUCUUAAAUGUUACUUAAAUGAAUUUGACAAUGAAGCAGCUCCUUUGAUUCUACCUAAUACAACACUUCAUGCACUUGUUGAUGCAUGCUCUAGAAGAGAUCACAUUCAAUUGGCUUCAAUUCUUAACAAUAAUAAGCUUUACCCACAGCUAGCAAUGGCAGAGGCUAUGUCGCGAAUAAUCAAUAGGAAAGCCAGUUAUAUUGUGAUUGAAAACAGCAAUGAGCAUAUUUGUGCUGAUCAUCCUCAUACUGGUCUUUUACUGCCAACAUAUACUCAUUUUACAUCACCAAUCAGGAGAUAUGCUGAUUUGGUUGUGCAAAGAUUAGUAAUAUCACUCAUAGAGGGAAGGCCUAUAGCAGAGAAUUCUGAUAAGAUUAACAAUGAAUUGUGCUCUCAACUUAAUGUCAAGAGCAAAGCUGCAAAAGAUUAUGAAAGGGCUGAUAAUAAAGCAUGUAUAACCAGAAGCUGUGAAGCCUCACUGGAAAGAGCAGAAGCUUUUGUGAUUCAAUCUUAUAAAAAUAUCAACGAUUCAUUUGAAUUAUCCUUCUCUUCAAAUCAUUAUCAGUGUAUUCAUGGUCAAAAUACAUCGUUUAGCAUAUCGGAUCUUAAUAGUCAUCACAAAAAUGAAGAUGGAACUAUUGUUUGGAAAAUAGUUUCAAUAUCAUUGUGUCAAUCAUUUAGCCUAUUCUCUCAUCCUGAUGUAAUUGAUAUGCUUCCUACUAGUUCUAAAUCUUCUCAUUGCUCCAUUGCUGCUAAAAUGUAUCAAUGUACACAAAGGCUUGAAGAAGGAGAACCACAGCUUCAUUGGUCUAGUGCUGAUUUGACAGUCCGUGAUAAAGCUAUUUCUCUUAGUCCAGAAUGCUGGCUAGUAACACACCAGUAUCUUAAAUAUCAAAAUAAAAAGAAUUUUAAAGAAGUAAAAAGUCUAAUUCUCCAAUUGCAACAAGAAGCCAAUAAAGUUGAAUGCCAGUCAAAAAGAGAUGAAGGGACUGUUGCAAUAACGUAUGAAAUUCAACGACCUUUUACAGCUAAUGAUAUAGUGACAGUUUGGUUAGGAAAGUCUCUUAAAGAGUGUCUCCCAGUACCAGCUAUUCAAUUAAUGGAGAUAGCACCAACAGUUCGUGUGUGCCUUCAACAUAACAAGAAUCCUUCUCUCUGCUUUUUUGUUGUCCCACUACAAAAAGCAUCACUUGCUGCAGGAUAUCAUUCAAUAGAACAGUAUGUAGAGCUUUGGAGUAAAAUGUUAAUUGCUGAGUCCGCUAAUGAAAGUGUCAAGACAAAGAAUCUUAUAUUCAUCAGACAUGCUAAUCUGAAGUGGAAUGGAUUUACUCGAGUUGAUGAUUAUAUUGAUGAUCCUUACUAUAAACCAAAUAAUCUUUCCCUUGUCAUACCUCCCAGGAAUCAAGACUCAUUGGAUUUUAUUAGUAUCAAAUCUGGUGACUUUCUUUGUGUUCGAUAUGAGAUUAGUGAUAGUCUGAAUGCUGUCUAUCACUUUGCUGUGACCAGUGUUGAACGUGAAAGUGAUGAAAAAAGUAAUCAAAAAGACAUUGUAAUAAGAAUGUGUGCUGAAGGUGAUCACUCAUGUAGAGUCACUGAGAAUAUGUAUCAAAAAUUAAAUGAAGGAAACCUAACUUGUGAGAUACAGCUCAUACCAAUGCCAGAUUCUUUUCACCGAGUGCAUGCAAGAUUAAAGAAAAUAUUAAAGGUUAACCGUGAGUGGUCUAGCCUUUCUAAAACAAUUGCAAUUUCUGACACAAGAUCAAAUGAUUUUAAUAGACUCACUGCUGGGAAAAAGCAAUGUGAAAUUUCACUCAGAGUAUUCAAUGAUGAUCCACUGGCAAGGCAACUAUGGAGAGGAGAGCCUGGUAGAGAAUUGAAUGCUAUACAGCAAGAUUCAAUUAAAAGAGCACUGAGGAAUAGGUUUCAGUUGAUUCAAGGACCACCAGGUACAGGAAAGAGUGAGACUGGGGCACAUUUAGCUUAUGUUUUUGCAAUAACAAAUGAAAAGAUGUCAGAAGAAGUUUCUAAGAAAAAGUCAGUACUCUAUUGUGGUCCCUCUAACAAAUCAGUAGAUGUGGUUCAUAAAAACUUGCAUUUAUUAAACAGAAGGUUAGGAAGCAAAAAAUUACAAAUUCUUCGCAUUUAUGGGCGUUCUCAUGAGCGUAAAGAUUACCCAGAUCCUGUUUUUGAUCUGACACAAGAAAGAACAAACAGAGAUGAUGAUGAUGAUGAUGGUCGUGUCUUAGAAAUGUUUCGUGAUGAAUCUCUACACAAAAGAAUAAGAAACAAUUGCCCUGAAAUAGUAGCUACUGAGAACAGACUACAAGAGCUACUGGAUCAAGGUAUCAUUCCAUCAUUAGCUGAAAGAAAAAAUUAUAAGAAAUUGAUCACUGAUGAAGAGAAAAAAGAAAUUCAAAAGAAUUAUGAUGUUAUUCUUUGCACUUGCAAUGAAACAUGCAGUCAACGAUUGUUGAGAUCCAAAGACAUUCUAGCUCAGUGUAUAAUAGAUGAGUCUGGUAUGGCCACUGAGCCUGAGACAAUAGCUGCAAGCAGUUUAUGUGAACAUGUAGUGCUGAUAGGAGAUCACAAGCAGCUACAACCAGUUGUUAUGUAUCCUCCAGCCAAGGAGUGUGGCUUGGGUACUUCAUUGUUUGAGAAAUAUGCCAAUCAGUUUGAGAAAACUAAUGAUCCACGUUUGAUAACAUUAGAACUGCAGUAUAGAAUGCAUUCAUUCAUAUGCCAAGGACCAUCAAGUAUUUUCUAUGAUAGUAAAUUAAAGGCUGAUCAAAUUGUCAAAGAAAGACGUCCGCUGACUCAAUCUAUAGAUUUGUUUUGGUCUAGAGGACAGCAACACCCUGUUAUGUUUCUGAAAGUUUACGGAAUUGAAAGAUCUACUGAUAGCAAAUAUUCAAGAAAAGUUGAUUCUCACUCUAAAUGCAAUGAGCAGGAAGUUAAAACAGUGUUAAAAUGUAUCAAGAAGCUGGUGAUGAAUUAUGAUGUUAAAUACAAGAGCAUAGCAGUCCUCACUCCUUAUGAGGCACAAAAGAGUCUUGUUCUUAACACGAUAAAGAAUGACUCUGUGCUAAAGGCAAAGUGGAAAAGUUUAAGAGUUGCUACUAUAGUUGAGAGUCAAGGUGAUGAGUAUGAUAUUGUCAUACUAACAACUGUCAGAUCACAAGAAGUCAGUCAAAUCAGGUAUAAACAGUAUGUUCAACCUGACAGGGUAUGGUUCGCAGAAAAUCUUGGCUUCCUGACUAAUGACCAUCAAAUCAAUGUUGGUAUCACUCGUGCUAGAUAUGGGCUUAUAAUCAUUGGUAAUGAUAUAUUACUAAAGUAUGAUCCAACUUGGAAUAAGCUGAUUGAAAUUUAUGAAAGGGAAGGAUGCAUUUGUACAAUAUAGCUAGCAAUAGUUGUAAAUUAUUAUAGAAAUAUUGACUGAUGUAUAUAAUUUUAAAUGAUAUAUUUUUUAAUGUUUUAGAAUUUAUUUUCGUUAUAACAUUUGUGUCAAUUAAA